AUGGUCGAGCCCCAGGUAACACUCAUCACCCUCUCCCCCGAGGAGCUCGCAACACAACAGUUCGAGUCGCACAACCUGCAACAUGCAAUCGAAGCCCUGCACCGCGACGGCAUCGUCGUUCUCAAGAACGCCGUCUCCACGGAGCACCUGGACAAGCUGAACGCGCGCAUGGUCCCGGAAGCCAAGACGCUGUACGACAAAGCCUCGACACAUCGCAACUUCGGCUCCACGACGGGAAACAUCCAGCAGGAACCAACGCUGGAGAAAGACUUCGUCUUCCAGGACGUCCUCGCGAACCCGUUCGCCUUACAGGCCGUCCAAUGCAUGUUCGGCCCCCACCCGUCGCUGCGGUUGUACAGCGCCAACACAGCCUUCAAGGCAGACAACCGCCAGCCGGUGCAUAUCGACGUGGACUUUGACUUCCCGCAGAUCCCAUGGGGCUACGCGAUCAACAUCAAUCUGGUGGACACGAGCCCCGAGAACGGCGCCACGGAGGUCUGGCUGGGGAGUCACGUCGACGCGACACGCGACAACAUCGACCGGAACAGCCAGUACAAGCAGGUCCGCGCGGAUCUGCUGGAGGAGCGAAGGAAGAUCUCCCCGGGGAUCCAGCCGUCACUUCCCAAGGGCAGUCUGAUCAUUCGGGAUAUGCGGCUGUGGCAUGCUGGGAUGCCGAAUCGCAUGGACGAGCCGAGGAUUAUGCUGGUCACUAUCCUCUUCCCGCACUGGUACCGGAGCGACCAGAAGGUUCUGCUGCCGCGGAGCUUGAAGGAGCAGGUGGACCGCUGGGAGUAUGUGGAUGCCUCGAGCGUGGAGUGGGUGGAUGAGGAUUAUGACUAUCUGCAGGGUCGGCAUGACCAUGAUUUCUCUUUGAAGCCGUGA